CGGUUAGGGAAAAAAAUACAUGAAUAACGCCGGUUGUUAAGACUUCCGCUUGUACAUUUCCGGCAAUGCUUUCCUAAAUAUUUUGUAAAAGAUUACACAAAAAUGUCUACUAAUCUUGUUCAAGAAGAGCGCGCUACCAAAGAAGAACUAAAUAAGCAGAUCAAGGAACAGAAGAUUGUGAUUGAUGAACUGUCAAAUCUGAGGAAAAACAGGAAAGUCUUUGUCCAGCAGCCGAAUAGCAACAUCUUCUUCCUCGCAGACAAAGGAGAGACGUUGAGCACCUGCAAGAAGAGUCUGGACAAAAUGAAGAAAGAAUACCAGGACAUGUAGAGGACGAGUGCGUGUGGGGAAAAUGUGUGGGAUCUGCUGUGUAGUGAGUUUGACCUCAUCUCAGUGUAAGCUUCAUGAUCAUGUCUAUGAAAGGCUGCGUCACCGAGGACCCGAUCACAGCCGGGACGUCAUAAAAAGGGCCUCGAAUCCAGAGUACAGUUGCCUUUUCUCUGCUCACGUC